CAAACGCUGUCAUUUAUGAUAGCAUUUUGGAAGGUUUUGCGUGCCUGUCAGCAUCAAGGCAGGGAUCAUGUAGGCUAUAUGCUGCCAUUUAGUUGAUUGUAACAGUAGGUCGGUUAGCUGGCAAUUCUGUGUUUGCAUUAUCUUCUCAUUUUAACAUUUAUCGUACUCAGUCUGUAUCUGCAAUGUUUUGAUUAGGGCUAUCCUUAUCUCUUGGGGUGUAGUUUUCUUGAAGGGUGUUCCCGGUUUAAAUGACUGCCACGUCCAAGUGACGGAGCUAAGAGGUGGAGCUAGGGGCGGUGCACUUAUCACUGCGAAUGUGUCCGGCCAGAGUGGCAGAGCAACAGAAGCAUCAAGACUUGUAAGCAUUUGAGAGCGUUUGUCUGACCAUAAUAAGAAUGGACGGAUUGAGAGAACGACUGGCUGAGGCUGGGCAGUCCCACCUCUUGCAGUUUUGGAAUGAGCUCAGUCCUGAGGAACAGGCUGAGAUGAGCCAGGAUCUGGAGGGCAUGAACUUCAAGGAGAUCAAUGGCUUCUUUAAGAGCGCCAUGGAGACGUCCAGCCAAACUAAACAAGAGAAAGUUGACAGUCGAAUGGAGCCGGUGCCUAGGGAAGUCCUUGGGAGUGUGACUCGUGAUCGGGAUUCUCUCAAAGAUUGGGAGAAAGAGGGACUCCGCUGCAUUGCCCAGAACAAAGUUGCUGUUCUUCUGCUGGCUGGCGGGCAGGGGACCCGGCUCGGCGUCUCCUACCCCAAAGGCAUGUACGAUGUCGGGCUGCCCUCACACAAAACCCUCUUUCAGAUCCAGGCUGAGCGCAUCCUGAAGCUCCAGCAGCUCGCCGAGCAGCAGAACAACGCUAAGUGCUGCAUCCCCUGGUACAUUAUGACCAGUGGGAGAACGAUGGAGUCAACCAAAGAGUACUUCUCAAAACACAACUACUUUGGCCUAAGCCAAGGUGAUGUUGUAUUCUUCCAGCAAGGCAUGCUUCCCGCUAUGGAUUACAAUGGGAAAAUUAUCCUGGAGAGUAAGGGAAAACUCUCAAUGGCUCCAGAUGGCAACGGAGGGCUGUACAGGGCCCUGGGCACACAGAAGAUUAUAGAGGACAUGGAGAGGAGAGGUAUCAGCUGUAUUCACGUAUACUGCGUGGACAACAUCCUGGUGAAGGUGGCUGACCCAGCCUUUGUUGGCUUUUGUGCAUUAAAGGGAGCUGACUGCGGAGCAAAGGUCGUGGAGAAGACCAAUCCGACGGAGGCUGUGGGCGUGGUCUGCAAAGUGGACGGCCGCUACCAGGUGGUGGAAUACAGCGAGAUCACCCUGGCAACGGCGCAGCGGCGGAGCACCGACGGGCGGCUGAUGUUCAACGCCGGCAACGUGGCCAAUCACUUCUUCAGCCUGGCGUUCCUGAGAGACAUCGUCAAUAUCCAUGAGCCUCAGCUUCAGCACCACGUGGCCCAGAAGAAAAUCCCCUAUGUGGACACACAAGGGCAGCUAAUCAAACCCGACAAACCCAACGGGAUUAAAAUGGAAAAAUUUGUCUUUGACAUCUUCCAGUUUGCCAAGACGUUUGUGGUGUACGAGGUCCUGCGGGAGGACGAGUUCUCGCCCCUGAAGAACGCCGACAGCCAGGACGGGAAGGACAACCCCACCACAGCGCGCCACUCCCUGAUGUCGCUCCAUCACCGAUGGGUGCUCAACGCCGGCGGGCAUUUCAUCGACGAGAAUGGCACGCGAGUCCCCGCAAUCCCCAGCUUGAAGGAUGGCACAGACCUACCAAUCAAAUGUGAGAUCUCACCACUUGUCUCCUAUGGGGGAGAGGGAUUGGAGGGAUUGGUGAAGGGCCGGGAGUUCCGCCCCACGCUGGUCAUAGACAAACAAGGACUCCAUGAACUGGUGAAGAACGGACUGUGAGCAACAAGAUGGCGGCAGUCGAAGAACCAAAUGGAAAUUCCUUCAUCUGUUUGCCUCUCGAACUGGGGAAACUGUGAAGUUAUUGUGCAAUAAAAUGAAGGAAGGAAAUGUCUUGCAGCCAACUGCACGAAAACCGUUUUAAAAGAUUGAGCUAUAUUUAUUUUGCGAAGACUUAUUUUUUUAUCUGCACCAGGUCUGGCCAAUAAUAAUUGCAUUUAUCCCUUAAAUUGUACAUACAGUAGAUUUUCAGCACAGAACAAGAAAUGAGAUCAAAUGUUAUUAUGAUUAUUGUUGUUGUACGCAGGGUACGUAGGGAAGGUUUAUGAAAUCUCCCACGUGUGACAUUUGUCAAACUGUUUGUCCUCUGCCAAAGCGGCUCAGUGUCUGUCUGCUCUACUGUACUCUGUAGUCUGUACUAGUCUGUGAUGAAAACUUUUCUUUUUCGUCGAGAGUGUCUGUGAGUGUCUCCCAUUCGAGGUCAGACUGACAGGACUUUGAUUAAACGCACGGUUGAGUUCC